AUGAACAGUGAUAAUUCGUGUCUUCUUAUACGGCUGGAAAUUCAAAAAGGCUCAAAAAAGGUCGAUUUCCAAGAAGAGUCGGUAAACGAAGGAGAUAAAGAUUCAAGAAGUAACUCAUCUCGACGGGUAGUUAAUGAGAUGAAAAAACGUAGUCCACAGGCAUCUUCACAUGCAAGUGAUGCGCCUUUGGCACCACCUACCAUAAAAUCUUCUCAAGAGCAAUCCGGUGUCCGCUCUUCGCCGGUAAAUUUCAAAGGGAAACGAACCUACUCGGAGGUGGUUGUGGAAACAUUUGAAACCGAUGGAUUACACGAAAUGAGUCAGGAAACCAAAGAAUCUUCCAGGAGCAACAGCGAGCCACUAAAUAUUGAGAAGCUUUCCUACUAUUCUGGAAACCCGUUUGUCGAAAAAACGGAAGGAAUUUUGCAUUUCUUCAAAUACAAUGAUGAAUCUCUAAGCAAGGAAUCACAAUCGAGGAUGCUCUGUAUGUUGGCUGUAUCAAGUGAAAUAACGGCACGAGAAAUUGUUGCUUUUAUCAAACCCUCGAUUGCAUCUAUUGAAAAGAUGAGAAUUGUUCGUGAUUCCACACCCAAUCAAUACAUGAUUAUAUUGAGGUUUAAAACACAUCAUGAUUGCGUGAUCUUUUACGAAGAGUACAACGGGCAACAUUUCAACUCAAUGGAGCCGUACAAAUGCUCGCUGCUUUUUGUGGAUAAAAUUGAAACGGUUGAGGAAUACGAUAUGCGUGAACAAAAUGAAAAGUUGACAGAACUUCCUACUUGCGCGGUAUGUCUCGAAAGAAUGGACGAUGGUGUUCUGUCAAUUCUUUGCAAUCACACCUUUCAUGCAGAUUGUUUGCAAAAAUGGGCCGACACGACGUGUCCAGUUUGUCGUUACACACAGACUCCCGAACUUGUGGCUGAUCAACGAUGUAGUGAUUGCGGACAAUCGACGGACUUAUGGAUUUGUUUAAUUUGUGGGAAUAUUGGAUGCGGUCGAUAUGCAGAGGCUCAUGCGUACAGGCAUUUUGAAGCUACGUCGCAUACAUUUUGUCUUCAAGUCGGUGGUGAACGUGUUUGGGAUUAUGUUGGGGACAAUUAUGUUCAUCGACUAAUUCAAACGGACGACUCACAGAAAAUGGUCGAAUAUCAGCGUAAUGGAGCGUCGGACUUCGAGAAAGAUGGAAAGUUGGAUUCCUUAAAAAUCGAGUAUACCGUAUUGCUCACUUCUCAACUCGAGGCUCAACGGGAAUUUUUUGAGUCUCGAAUAGCAGAAGAACAACGGAAUCAUUCAAAUUUCGAGAAAAUGGCUAUAGCACAGAUGGACGACUUAGAAGAUCAAUUGAAGCGUGCAGUAACAGAAUGCAAUAAUCUUCGAGAUCAACUCACGCAAUGCCAAACUUCAAAAGCCUCGACUGAUAAAAAGCAACAGUCUACGCAAUCGAAAUUAAACAAGUUACAAUCCGAUUUGGAAGAAGAACGAUCUUUGAAUAAGGCAUUACGUGAUGAUCAUCACAAAUGGGUUUCCAAAAUUGUGGAUCUUGAAAAAGAAAAACAAGGAAGCUCAAAGGAGAUUGCUGAAUUGAAAGAUCAAAUCAACGACUUAUUGAUGCAUUUUGAAGCUCAAACGAAAAUCCAAAAGCAACUUGAAGACAAUACGAUAACAACACAGGAAAUCGAGGAAGGACAAUUGGGUGUAGCUGGAUCGACUAAAGAAUCUGGAUCUCGUCGAAGAGGAAAUCGUCAUAAG